CAGGCGAGGAGGACGGAGAGACGGGUUAUCUUGUGAAGGUAUCGGCAGUGUUACAGGCGUACUGAGAUUUUGGUUGACUAUUUAAGUCAAAGGUGACUCUUCACAGUCGUACGUGAAUGCUGUGUUCUGAAGGAGAUUCUCUGUUGAUCAAUUCUGUUAAGGACCGAGCAUUAAUAAUAGAACUGAGACCAACGUAUCACACUCAAGCUCCAACCUAAUACUUCACUUCAACGCUUGUUGUUGAAAAAAAGAGACCCUGACAGAAGAAAAACAUUGAAAGGGGCACGGUCUAUUGAAGUGGAGCGGGGACAUAUCAAGCGCACAUACGUCGUCGCAGCAGAAGUAGCUGCAUCUUCGCACAGUGGAGGCCGAAGGAAAAAAGCGAACAGAAACCCCUUGUAGGCGCUUCCCAAGAAUGGCGACCAGUCUAGAAGACAUCACAAGCCUGCGUCUUUGGAAAGGCAUCGUGGCCGAGUUUGUAGGAACGCUACUCCUCACUCUAAUUGGCUGCGGUUCCUGUAUUAACCUGAGAGGAGAGGACAAUGUGACGUCACCAGUCGUACAGAUCGCCCUCUGCUUCGGCCUCAGCGUUGCCACGAUUGUGUGGGCUAUUGGUCACGUGUCAGGGGGACACAUCAACCCGGCGGUCACGUCUGCUAUGCUGGCCACCAGAAAAAUCAGCAUCGCAAAAGCCAUUUUCUUCAUCUUGUUCCAGCUGAUCGGCGCCACUGUGGGUGCAGGUAUCCUGUAUGGGCUCACUCCCAAUGAGUUCAGGAACAAUCUGGGCGCCACUCUGCUCGGCGACCACGUCAGUGUGGGCCAAGGCAUCGGCGUGGAGCUGUUCAUCACUUUCGUCCUUGUUCUCACCGUCUUCGCCUCCUGUGACGGGAAGAGACGAGACUUGAAAGGGUCCGCCCCCCUCACCAUCGGCCUGUCUGUCACCAUGUGCCAUCUGUUCGCGGUCCGCAUCAUAGAGGAGGAGGAGCCCCCAGCAGAGGAUGAGGAGAGUGAGGAGCUGCCCUUGUCUGACAAGGACGUGGAGACAGGGCUCACCAAGGGCUAGAGCGACGACACAAUUACAUGUUCACAAGACACCCAGCUCUUGACGAGUGACCUAAUUUCACGAUUUACGUACAUUGAUAUUCGCUUAGUUUUAUUAAGAAAUUUAAAACACUUGCAACACAAAUAGGUCAUAUAAGUGUCCAAUAAAAAGCAGAAGGGAUAAAUACAAUAAUAGAUGUUUGACAGAAAAGAAUGAGCAAUUGAUAUUCUGCAGCGUUUUUUUUUCUAAAAAUUUGUUCCACAGUGAGUCUAUGUAGAGAGUGAGGUCUGAUAAAAAAUUUGUUGGCUCUGAAAGAGAGCAAGUUGUCUUUUAAUUAAGGUAUCGGCUGGGGACUAUAUUUAUAAUUAUAGUUUCCUCGUUGAGUCAAGAACAAGUUUGAAUUUAUUCGAUAUUUUAAGCAAUUCAGUGUUCAACGAUCAUUUUCACUGUAACACAGUUAAGUUUUUUUAAAUAGGCAAUAAUACCUUGUUAUUUACAGAAACUUUAUUGUCUUUAUAAAUAGAAGAGAAUACUUUUGAGAAUAUCACCGACCCUGAAAAUAGACCGUUUUGGCAGUUCUCGAGUUACGUCGUUAGCGCUUUCACCAUGAUAUCGAUGAACAAAUAAAAAUAUACAUUAAAAAAAACUGUUCAAAAUUCCAACUUACUAUCACCGCUAAAGCCAGAAAAGAAAAAUUGCAGCAAACUACUGAACGGAAUACUUAGAAUCUCCUGAUCUUCC